AUGCUGAAAACAGCGCUUCGGCGGCGGGCUCUCCCCGUCUCGUUCGUCCAGCGAAGAUGGACAACGCAGAAUUCACAAGAACCAUUUCCUCCCAACAUCGAAGAGUGGUCACAUCCGCCGUCAAAUGCCAGCAUUUCAGAUGAAGAGAUACAAAGACUAGCAGCUUUGCCUCGCCGACCUCUGACUCUGGCAGAUCUCGUCAGACAUGGCAAACCUCCCUUACGAGACUCUGCUCUCCUCUCCUCCGCGAACUUCACCCUGUCCCUUCUCCCGGCUCGCCUCGCACACCGCAUCCAAGCUCUUCGGAACCUGCCCUUUAUCGUGGUGUCCAACCCAAAUGUCUCCAAGAUAUACAACAACUACCUACAUUCUCUCUCCACCCUACAAGCCUUCUACAAGAAGCCGAUCGAGACCAUUGAAGAGGAGAUCAAGUUUACAGAGGCCAUGGCCGACCUUGUUCGCACACAUUCCAACACCAUCCCAGUCCUUGCUCAGGGAUUUCUCCAAUGUAGGAAAUACGUGGACCCGGCAGAAGUCACUCGAUUUCUCGACCAACAUCUCCGUGCACGCAUAGGCACCAGACUCGUCGCAGAACAACAUCUGGCCCUGCACAUGGCUUCGACAGGUGAGCAGGCCAAGCAGAAACCAGAUCCAACCCACGUCGGGGUAAUCGACCUGGCGCUUCGUCCCGCAGACAUUGUCCGCCGGUGUGAGGGCUUCGUGAACGAGGUCUGUGAGUACAAAUACGGCGUUCGGGCCUCUCUGGUCAUCGAUGGGGAUCAAGAUGCAGAAUUUGCACACAUUCCCAUGCACCUGGAAUACAUUAUCACCGAACUCUUGAAAAAUGCAUUCCGCGCCACGAUUGAGAAUGGCAACGAGAAGGAGCCCAUUGAAGUCACGAUUGCCUCCGCUCCCGACGUCCAGACCACCAAGCUGGAAUCGCUCAAGAAGCUGUCGGUAAGCAAAGAGAAUGCAUAUGAUUUCUCCCAGGAAGGGCUGGACGAGUACUGCGCUUCAUCUGACGAGGACGUUGUUGGUUCUCUCAAUUCCGCCGCCCCUUGCAUCACCUUGCGCAUCCGUGAUCGAGGAGGCGGCAUCCCCCCUGAAGCAUUGCCCAACAUCUGGUCAUACAGCUUCACCACUUUCAACAACGAAGAAGCCGCAGCAGCGACCAACACCACCAGCGACGGCUCCGAGGGUCUAAGUGCUAUCUCCAACAGUGGAACGAAUCAGUCAUCUAUUGCCGGUCUAGGCUAUGGGCUACCAUUGGGACGUGCUUACGCCGAGUACUUUGGCGGGGGAAUCGCCGUACAGAGUAUGUGGGGUUGGGGCACGGAUGUCUACCUGACGUUGCAGGGUAUUGGGAAUACUAAAGAAUUGAAAGACGCGCCCAAUGGUUUUGAAGAGUUAGAGAAAGAGAUGGGCGAUAAGGGAACGGACUAG